AUGUUUGUCAUCAUCACUGUCAAGGUCGGUGCAGAAAAAGUGCAAAGAAAAGAGCUAUUGUUCUUUCAAUAUGGGCGAAGAAGGAAUCGUUGCAAAAUCAUCUGAUUGUUCAAAAGGAACAUGGCUACUUGUGCGUUACACUUGCAAAUUUUCAGAUAUUAAGAAAUGUCUGUUCAACUCAUGCAAUGCCAAUGCCAACUGUACGGAUAUAGAUGGAUCGUUUAAAUGCCAAUGUAAAGAAGGGUAUUCUGGAAAUGGAAUCAAUUGCACAAAUAUCGACGAAUGUCUGUCUCAUCCAUGUGACGACAAUGCUAACUGUACUGACAAUGACGGAUCUUUUGAAUGCCAAUGUAAAGAAGGGUAUUCUGGAAAUGGAACUUAUUGCACAAAUGUCAACGAAUGUUUGUUCAGUCCAUGUGACGACAAUGCCAAUUGCACCGAUAAUGAAGGAUCUUUUGAAUGCCGAUGUAAAGAAGGGUUUUUUAGAAAUGGAACUAAUUGCACAAAUAUCGACGAAUGUCUGUCUCAUCCAUGUGACGACAAUGCUAACUGUACUGACAAUGACGGAUCUUUUGAAUGCCAAUGUAAAGAAGGGUAUUCUGGAAAUGGAACUUAUUGCACAAAUGUCAACGAAUGCUUGUUGAGUCCAUGUGACGACAACAAUUGCACCGAUAAUGAAGGAUCUUUUGAAUGCCGAUAUAUUGACGAAUGUCUGUCUCAUCCAUGUGACGACAAUGCUAACUGUACUGACAAUGACGGAUCUUUUGAAUGCCAAUGUAAAGAAGGGUAUUAUAGAAAUGGAACUUAUUGCACAAAUGUCAACGAAUGCUUGUUGAGUCCAUGUGACGACAAUGCCAAUUGCACCGACAAUGAAGGAUCUUUUGAAUGCCGUUGUAAGGAAGGUUUUUAUAGAAAUGGAGCUAAUUGCACAAAUAUCGACGAAUGUCUGUCUCAUCCAUGUGACGACAAUGCUAACUGUACUGACAUUGACGGAUCUUUUGAAUGCCAAUGUAAAGAAGGGUAUUCUGGAAAUGGAACUUAUUGCACAAAUGUCAACGAAUGUUUGUUGAGUCCAUUGACGACAAUGCCAAUUGCACCGAUAAUGAAGGAUCUUUUGAAUGCCGAUGUAAGGAAGGGUUUUAGAAAUGGAGCUAAUUGCACAAAUAUCGACGAAUGUCUGUCUCAUUCAUGUGACGACAAUGCUAACUGUACUGACAAUGACGGAUCUUUUGAAUGCCAAUGUAAAGAAGGGUAUUCUGGAAAUGGAGCUUAUUGCACAAAUGUCAACGAAUGUUUGUUGAGUCCAUGUGACGACAAUGCCAAUUGCACCGACAAUGAAGGAUCUUUUGAAUGCCGAUGUAAGGAAGGGUUUUUUAGAAAUGGAGCUAAUUGCACAAAUAUCGACGAAUGUCUGUCUCAUCCAUGUGACGACAAUGCUAACUGUACUGACAUUGACGGAUCUUUUGAAUGCCAAUGUAAAGAAGGGUAUUCUGGAAAUGGAACUUAUUGCACAAAUGUCAACGAAUGUUUGUUGAGUCCAUGUGACGACAAUGCCAAUUGCACCGAUAAUGAAGGAUCUUUUGAAUGCCGAUGUAAGGAAGGUGAGUUUAUGGAUGAUAAUUUUUCAAAUAUCGACGAAUGUCUGUCUCAUCCAUGUGACGACAAUGCUAACUGUACUGACAAUGACGGAUCUUUUGAAUGCCAAUGUAAAGAAGGGUAUUCUGGAAAUGGAACUUAUUGCACAAAUGUCAACGAAUGCUUGUUGAGUCCAUGUGACGACAAUGCCAAUUGCACCGACAAUGAAGGAUCUUUUGAAUGCCGAUGUAAGGAAGGGUUUUUUAGAAAUGGAGCUAAUUGCACAAGUAUCAACGAAUGUUUGUUUAGCCCAUGUGACGAUAAUGCAAAUUGCACCGACAAUGAAGGAUCUUUUGAAUGUCGAUGUAAAGAAGGUUUUUCUGGAGAUGGAUUUUCUUGUACAAAUAUAUUAUCCUCAAUUCAAAUGAACUUAAAAUAUGAAGGAAUUUCUGGAAAGUUACUUAUUAUCACAUGUACUGUUGAUGGGUCGUCGUCACCAAAUUUUUUGUGGAAAAAUGGCAGCCUGGUCCUUUCACAUUCGUCGAAUGUUAAGAUGGAGACGAAAGACAAAGUCUCAAAGUUGUUUGUUCGAAAUACUACGCCAUUUGAUUCUGGUGUUUAUCAUUGCAUAGCAAGAAAAGACGCAGCGAGCAUUGCUAGCAAUAUAUCGGUAAAAGUGAAGAAUGUUCCUGUUAUUUCU